AUGGUCCUCCUUCUAACCCUCCCGGGCAUCCACCCGCUUCGUAAGGGACUGAUCAGCGUCACUCGAAGCCUACUGAAGCCGUUCAUGUCCGUCGUACCAUUUUGUCUCUUCCUGUUAAUGGAUAUUUACUGGAAGUACGAGCAUCGACCCAGUUGCGAGUCCGAUUCUUGCUCCCCAUCUGAACAUCUCCGCCACCAGAAAUCCAUCAUGAAAUCACAGCGUAAUGCUCUGUUAAUCGCAUCUGCGUUGCUGUUUUACUGGCUUCUUUAUUCCGUCACAGGCCUUGUGGUUAAGAUUGAACAGUUGAAUAAGCGUGUUGAGAAGCUCAAGGCCCAGGAUUGA